CGAAAAGUCUAAAUAGGUCUAUAUAGACUACAGAUAAGUAGAUUCUACAUCUUGAAGAACAAGAACAAACAUACACUGAUUUCACUGAGACAUCAAUCCAUACAAGAAUACAACUUUCAAGAUAUAUUUUGGGUUUGAAGAACAAUCAUCACAAUGCUCGUAAAGAUCAUCCUCUGUGUUAUUAUACUUCUGUCCACUGCGGAGGCCAAAUAUAAUUUAAAACAAGUGGCUCAAUUUUGGAAACUCAAACAAUGCAUUUUGCCGUUUGAAACGCUUUCUUUAAACAAGACUGAUCCAGAGAACCACCCUUUUCUAAAACCAUGCUUUGAAAAACCAGGAAACGAAGUGUGCAACAUUUUUGUAAAUUUUACUAUCCAAGUUUGUAAAGCUAUUGGAAAUAAUACAGCAUUGAUAAAUCAUUACCGGCCUUUAAUUGGGUCACCUAUUGUAGACCAAGUCAACAUUGUUCAACCUCUUUGCAGUCUGGCCAAAGAAAAGAAUCCUUUCAUCUUAAAACAUGCAAGUUACAUGGCUAAUUCUAGUUAUUGUGAGGCUCAGUGCAAGGAUACAAUGAAUCUAUGCUCAUUACUGGUUGUUGCUUUGUGCAAUUAUCAAAAAACGGAAUACUGUAAACAGUCUUCAUCCCAAGGUGCGAAGGAACAGGAUGAUACACCACAGGUCACAAAAGAAUCACCAUCUUUGACCGCCCCGGUUGCUACUGCAACUACUACACCGCAGACCACUGGAACAGGAACGUUAACUUCAACCUUCUCAUCUACAACCAAAAUGUCAACUUCUAAUGAUACCCAGAAAAACCCGACAGUAGCUGCAGACACAUCUGAAGCUCUUUCCGUUACAUCAAACAAAGAGAAAACUACUCCAAAAGUUGAAAAUGAUAAAAAAACAGAGGAACCUGAAACUGCCCAAGAACCAAAGCUAGACAAAACAAAUAAUCAAACAAAAGGAACGGAGAAAGUUAAAAAUGAUAAACAAACAGAGGAACCUAAAACUACCCAAGAACCAAAGCAAGACAAAACAAAUACUCAAACAAAAGGAACAGAGACACAUACAGGAAGUAAACAUGACCCAAAUACAGAUGGUGAACCUGAAGAAGAACCUUUAAAUGAUUUAAAUACAGAUCACUCAAAUGAUCUUGGUGUGACAGGUAAGAAACCUAAGGGCCAAGCUGAUGACCAUUCAAGCAAAACGAAGGAUUCUUCAAAGCUAAAUCAAGGAGCUAUUAAUGUAGAAGCAACUGAGGGCAAUGAAGCAGACAAUGAACUUGAGGGUUCAAACGAAGGAAAUGGGGCCAAGGAAACAGACGAUGCACUUGAGGGUUCAAACAAAGGAAAUGGUGCUAAGGAGGCAGACAAUGAACUUGAGGGUUCAAACGAAGGAAAUGGGGCCAAGGAAACAGACGAUGCACUUGAGGGUUCAAACAAAGGAAAUGGUGCUAAGGAGGCAGACAAUGAACUUGAGGGUUCAAACGAAGGAAAUGGGGCCAAGGAAACAGACAAUGCACUUGGGGGUUCAAACAAAGGAAAUGGGGCCAAGGAAACAGACAAUGAACUUGAGGGCUCAAAAGAUGGUGCACAAAACACAGAUUAUAAGAAAGGUGAUAAAAAAACGCAGCAACAAAGUGGCCUCAGUGUUGACGAUGAAGAUGAAAGCUACAGUUCUGGACAUUUCAUUGCCUACUUCCUGUCUGCAGUCAUCAUCUGUGUUGCAGGUUAUAUUAUCUUCCAUAAUAAACAAAAGAUUAUGGCCUUUGUCAUCGAGGGACGCAGCGCUCACCAGAGACGCCAGCGCUCAAAAGGUGUGAAGUACACCGAACUCAAGAGCAAUGUUGAGGAAGUCAUGCCAUCACUUGAGAAAACUGCGACCGCUAAAAACUUUGUUUAUUGACGUGGUUUUUCUUGCUGUAUUAUUGGUUGGUCAUUUUGAUAUUUUUUCAUUAGCAUAAUAAUCCAUGAGAAAUGUUUUCCUACAUACACUAGACAUUGUGUAAAAAUUCAUCAUUACAGUUAUUUGAGGGGUUAUUUUAUUGUAUUGGUUUGUUUGAAGUACUAUUGUAAAAUGAAGAUUGAAGUGGCCCUAAAUUAUGAUUUCUUUUGGAUGAUUUUGUUUUAAAUCUCAGCCUAAACAAGGCUUUUUUUUGUUCCUACAUUUCUGACUGUAUUUCACUACUGCUUGUUGGUACAUUCCACUAUUUCUCUCUCUCAUAGACUUGUAUGUUAUAUUCCACUCUUUCACUGUUUCUCUCUGUCAUAGACUUGUAAGUUAUAUUCUGCUAUUUCUCUCUCUCAUAGACUUGUAUGUUAUAUUCCACUCUUUCACUGUUUCUCUCUGUCAUAGACUUGUAAGUUAUAUUCUGCUAUUUCUCUCUCUCAUAGACUUGUAUGUUAUAUUCCACUCUUUCACUGUUUCUCUCUGUCAUAGACUUGUAUGUUAUAUUCCACUCUUUCACUGUUUCUCUCUGUCAUAGACUUGUAUGUUAUAUUCUGCUAUUUCUCUGCCAUAGACGUUUGUUAUAUUCUGCUAUUUCUCUCUCUCAUAGACUUGUAUGUUAUAUUCCACUCUUUCACUGUUUCUCUCUGUCAUAGACUUGUAUGUUAUAUUCUGCUAUUUCUCUGCCAUAGACAUUUGUUAUAUUCUGCUAUUUCUCUCUCUCUUAGACUUUUGUUAUGUUCCACUAUUUCUCUCUCUCAUAGACUUGUAUGUUAUAUUCCACUAUUUCUCUCCCUAAUAGACUUGUAUGUUAUAAACUGUUAAAAAUUGUGGAUGAUUAAUCUAUUAUUCUCUUGUGCUGGCAAUAAUCCUAUUCCUAUGUUUGUCCCCCCCCCCCUCCCCUUUCCUAUUUCUUUCUCAUCUGCUAAUUUACUACUCUCCAUAAAUAUACAACUUGCCUUGAGAAGUCAGCAUUUAAAUGAAAUCCAAAAGUAAGAGAACUCAAUUGUUUGAAGAAAAAAAAUCAAAUUAUCAAAAGCUAGAUCUAGAUAGUUUCUGAAAGUUUAAUUAAAAAUAAGCUUUAACUCAUUAGCAAGAUUAAAUGUUUUCUUUAUUUACCCAGAAUUUAAAUUACAGAAAUGUUAUAAAUAAUAAUAACAAUAAUAAUAUUCUUUAUCUUAUGUAUUACAGACAUUUCUUUAAAAUCUUAUUAAACAUCAAUUUGUCCGUUUUGUUAGUAACAGCCGUUGCUACAAAUACAUUCUUAAAUAUUUCAAAUACAUUUUUUAUAAGUGUGGAUAUUUUUUCUAAACAGAAACAAAAUUGAAUUGUCAUUUAAAAGAAAGGUUGUACCGGUAUUUAAAUGGUUUAGUUCUAGUUUUAAUAAAAAGUAAUAUUGGAUAGUCUAGCUCACUUUUAGUGACAGAAUGUUUUUGUAUAAUUUCCCAAAUUAUCUGCAAACAGCAAACAAAAUUUUGAACACUAACAUAAGCAUAUUGAUAACUCCUGUUUUCAAAAAGUUUUUACAAAAUAUGUUACUUGAUAGAAAUAUGCAUCAACUGUAUUGAUUUAAUGUGACUAGAACUGCACCCAAUUUAUGACAUUAUAGCGAGGAAUAAUUUUUCAAUAACUAAAAACUUUUGCCCUGAAGCUUUUCCCUCUAAACUUCUCAGUCUGGGGUUUAACCGACACCAUAAAGUAGGCCUCAACGCCGACCUGUGACAUUGCCAUCUGUGGGCAGUGGAGACCAACAGCUUGUCGCCGUGUCACAGGUUGAGACGUCAGACCUGUGACGUGGUAAAACACGCUAUCGGCCCCCCCCCCCCCCCCCCCCCCCCCGUACCGUAGCUUGCCGCAGGACGGGUCAGUGUUCGGGUCGACUAUGAUGAUUGGUCUCAGCUGAAGCCACGAUGUUUGCUAACGAGUUUGUUGGGCUCUUUUGGGGGGGGGGACCAUUUUGAAAGAAUCAUGUUGUAGGAACAUUUCUAUCUCUGUCUGCUGUCUUGAGUAAACAUCUCUUUUAGUGGGGGGGGGGGACCAUUUUGAAAGAAUCAUGUUGUAUGAACAUUUCUAUCACUGUCUGCUGUCUUGAGGAAACAUCUCUUGUUUUAUUAAGAUUCUGAUUGCAAAGAACGAGACUACACAUGGAAAGACUUAUGUCUGCGUCAAAAUUUGUCUCCUACGUUCAUAAAAUGAGUUCACUUGAUACAAAUGUUUUUUUUCAAAACGUCUGUGAUGAUGGUUAUACACUAGUAUGACCUUGACUUCUGGUGUUUGUAUUGUUCGAAUUUAGUGUUGUAUUUAUUGCAGGCUCUGAAGGCAUUGCUGCAUGGCCUGUUCUCGUUGGUGCAUGUUCUGUUAGGUCACAAUACACACACAUUUCUAUGUCUAAAAUGUGUUGCAGUUGUCAGCAGGUCUUGUUCAUUGUUUGUUCAGAUUAUUUACUUAUAUGAGAUGUUUAUAUAUGCCUUAAGAUGCCAGUGGGAUCUCAUUCAUUGCCAGCUUUGACUAUUAACAUGUUUAAAAAUGUUUAAUAUACAUACUGUAACUUGUGGAAUUCAUUGUGUUUUAAAACAGUCCAAAUCUUGGUAUAAAAACAACUGUACAUUCUUUUGAUUAUUGCUAUUAUAACUAAAUUAUAUUAUUCAUGUGUCAUGAGAUCACUUUUAUGGGCUUGAUGCAUGCAGCACCAUUUUAUUUUUUAUUCUAGUUUAACAAUGUUGUUGUUUUUUUUUUCUAAUCUUCAUUCUCACAUUGUAAAAAAAACUUAACCCUAGAAUAGCUGAUGACAAGUAUAAUAAAAGCUGAGUUGACCAUUAAAUAAAUUAUAGCUUUUAUAUAGCGCUACUUUUCAUGCUUAUAGCAUGCUCAGAGCGCUAUGGUCCAAUUUCAUUUGUGGACCAGUUGGGGUAUCUGUGAGAAGUUUUUCCGUUUUGCCUUUCGACGUCCAGUAAACACAACUCUGCUCGUGCCCCCUUCAAAGGUAGCCAAACUAAGUUCGGUACACAACAAUAAGAGUUAAUUUUUAUAAAAUUUAUAUACCCAAUUUGAACUAUCCAACUUGCUGUUUGUUUAGUUUUCUAAAUUAUGACACAUAUAUAAUCAACCCCCAAAUGUUCAAUUUAUGUAUUUUGCAUUAAUAAAAUGAAAAUAAAAUAGCAGGAACAGAUUAUUAUUAAAAGGUGUGAUCCAAAAUGACUUGAAUAUUUUAAGGAUUUGUUUUGUGAUUUGAAAACGUUGUACAGAUGCAGGUUUUUCAAUGCAUACAUUAUUUAUUAGAUUUGGCUUUAACUUUUUACUCUUCUAUGUAGUUAUUGUGUGUUUUUAUAUUUUUUUUGUCGAAGACUAAACUGGGUUUUUAUUCAAUUCGAACUAUUACAAAUGAAUUGUCCAGUCAAUGUAUUCUGUAAAUGAUUUGAAUUCUGGAUGUUUCUAUUCCAAAUAAAGCUGAGAUGUUUAAUGGGUACCUGACAUUAGUUGGGGGAAAAGUAAAGGCGGUUGGUCGUUGUGCUGGCCACAUGACACCCUCGUUAACCAUAGGCCACAGAAACAGAUGACCUUUACAUCACCUGCCCCUAAAGGGGAACUUUUUUUAGUUUUUAAAAUAUAAUAGUGAAAUAAGGUUCACUACAAAAUUGUCACUAUGGCAUGUAUCAAGUGUGGUCAUGAAAUAAUUUUCUAAAAGUUUGAUAUUUUGCGGGAUGAUUGGUUGUUCUAUAACGUUGAAUUCAAAUGUUUUAUAUCUAUGAACACAUUAAAAAAAGAAUAAACAAUGAUUGAAGUUCAAA